AUGCACGCGGUCUACGACAAACUCAAGCGUUGUGUUUUCCCGGAGGCAUCCCCUCCGCGCCCGCUGUCUCAUGUCUGGGACCUUCGUGCCGCCAAUCAUUUCACGACGGCUUUGGCUGGUACUGGAAUGACUCCUCUGACGGCUACUCAACGUUCAAUGCAAUCCUCUGCGGUCGAAGCACGAGUCCUUCGUGCUCAGAGUGCAGCUGCCGAGGCACAGAACCAGACGCUCAAACACGACAAGAAGGUAUGGCGAAAGGACUAUUUGCGCUCGAAAAAGGGAAAUGUUCUUCGUAAGCCUAGAAAUGAUUCGAGAGAGCAUAAACCUGGAAACAAGAAGGGCGCGAAUAAGCUCCUCCCGUUCAACUCACGCGUCGAUAAACGUGUCGAGCACCUGCCUGUUGCAAUAUCGCUUGUCGGAACCUCUGAUAUAAAUGUGCAAGUUAUCAUAUGGCUGAGCAGUGUCCCCUAA